AGCAGUGACGUGAGUAUAACUCACGACAUUUGCGACAAUUUAUUCUCAAAAUGUCCCCAUAAACACAAAGUUUCAGUUUAAACUAGCGUAACUCUAAUACGGCUUUAAUAUUCGGAUUAAAAGUAAAACAUAUUAAUAUUUUAGUGAAAAAUUAAUCUCUGUGAUGAAAUAAAGUGCAUUAUGUGUAGAGUUGACAAGAACUUUGAGAUAACAGCUUGACUUGUAACGCGACAUCAGUGAAACACAAAAAUAUGUUGACAUCGGCUUAUCAUACGUAACAGCGAGCUACUGAAUGUUUUUAAUUCAUACAAUAAUGAUUUAAUACAUUAUGCGGUUUAAUCAACGAGUGUAGUGAAUGUAAUUAUCGAUUGAAAUAAUUUCUGCAUUCCGAGGUCGUCUAACUUGGCGAUUUAUCACUUGUGGGUCUUCUGGAGUUGAGUUGCAAGUUGUUCAGUAAGUGAAUAGCCAGCAGUCGAGCAGUGUUGUCACACAGAAGUCGAUCGAUUGACAGUUUCGUCUUUUAUUGAAAUAUGUGUACAAACGUGCAGAACUCGUCGAAGGUGAGCGCAUUAAUGUGUGACUAUCGUGUGGAAAGGCAAUCAUCGACCGGGAGUUUCUUUGAGGCGAAACGCAAUGGCAUUCACGCGGAUGUGAAAAACUUGAAUGCGAAUCAAUUUCGAUUUGCGUCGCACCGCAACGAGGAGCACUUGAAGGAGCGCCUCGACGAUUUUGCAAAUUCGAAGGGUGAGGGUAACGAUUGCAAUCGUAGUAAUGGCACGCUUAAUGAAGAUGUGAUGAUGAGAUCUGGAACACCUAGGAAUUCGUUGCGGGCCGAGAAUGGCACAGGCGUCAAUGACAACUUUUUAUGCGCGUCUGUGCAUUUCGCCAAUAAAAGGUUAUGUUACAGUAAUCAGCACUGCAAUAGAAUACCGGACGUGAUUGUGAAGUUAUACUGUGAAAAAUCGCACAGCUUAGACCUCAGCUUUAAUGACUUGGUGACUACGCGAGGAUUGGAGCGUUUCGUCCACUUGCGUGAGCUGGUCCUGGACAACAAUCAGCUCAACGAUGGCGUUUGCGUGCCCUAUCUACCCCACUUGCACACGCUCUCACUCAACAAAAAUCUUAUUAACGACAUUGAAUCAUUAAUGGAUAAAUUAACGCGGUCACUCCCAGCGUUGAAUUUUCUCAGCCUUUUGGGGAAUAAGGCGUGUCCAAAUCAACUUUCGGAUAUGUCCAAGGACGAGGACGAUUAUGCACGCUACAGAUAUUAUGUGAUAAGUCGUCUUCCCAAUUUGGACUUUUUGGAUUCCACGCGUGUAUCCUUCAAGGAGCGGCAGCUGGCGUCCUCAAAAGGACAAUUCAUGCGGGUGGUGCGACCCAAGGAUGAGGACACCGGGGACGGCAAUAGUCGCGGCAGCACGCAGGACGACAGCCCGCCUAGUUCAUAUUAUAGUCCAUUACCACGCACGAUGCGUCGUCCUGAUGAUCACAAAGGCGCUUAUAGCAAGUGUAAAUAUAAAUAUUCCGGUAAACAUUCGGAAGGAAAUCGAUUCAUUUCAAACAAUGAUUUGUAAAUGAAGUUAAUAUUUAAUUUUUAAGAAUUUUUAAAAAUAUUUUAUUUAAUAAUGCAUUUCAUCUCAUAAAUAUUAGAUAUAUUGUAGUAAUUUCAGUCGUGAGCAGUUGAAUAAAGUUUAAAUUGAAACUAA